AUGGGUAAUACUUCGGUUAGGUGUGAAAGUAAAGAGCUUGAUGUUGAAAUAAGGAACCUGAUAGGAAAGAAUAACACUUCUCAGUCAUGUGAGGACCCCAAGCCUGUUGCCCAAGAGAGUUCAAACCCUCAGAGAACUCCAUGUUCCCCUAAGAUAUGUGGUGAAGCAAGUGCUCAAGGCCACCUUGGAUGCACAUGGGCAGGUGUGAGUGACAUGGAAGCCCCAGCAGACCCACUGGAAUCAAAGCACCACUUACUGACCAAAAAGAAGACAAUAGCAUCCAAUUCUCUGGAACAACAGAUCCUCUCACUGGAAAGACAGAGACGAGAGCUUCUGGAGGUGAACAAGCAAUGGGAUCAUCAGUUUAGAAGUAUGAAACAGCUUUAUGAAAAACAGCUGGCAGAGAUGAAAGCCAAGCUGGACAUGUCAGAGAGGAGAGUGAGUGAACUGGAGCAAGAGAGACAUCAGCAGCAUCCAGCAGAGGAGAGGUGGCAAGUGCUGGGCAGAGAGAAGCCAUUGCAGGAAAAGAAAGAAACAGAGGUCCUUAGUGAAGCUCUCCAUGAAGUGAGGGAAGAGAACAGGCUCCUGAAGCAGAAGAAUGCCUCAAUGAUUAGAAAGAAAGAACACUAUGAGUGUGAAAUAAGUCGUCUCAAUAAGGCCCUUGUGGAUGUGUUGAAAAAGCAGCACUCACCUGUUCUUGAGACUCCUCCAGAGAAGGGUGACAAGAACAGCAUUGAGGAGAUGAGAACCCAACUUGAAGUUCUGAGACAGCAGGUACAAAUAUACGAGGAAGACUUCAGAAAGGAGAGAUCUGACAGAGAAAGACUUAAUGAGGAGAAGGAAGCAUUGCAGAAACUUAACGAGAGAUUACAGUCUCAACUGAAUAAACUCAGCUCUCAGGUAUGAGUCAAAAGAAAGUUCCCACUGCCAGCACAUUAUCAGAGGCAAACAAAAGAGCUCCCACCAGACUAUCAGUGGUAUGUUCCUGACCAGCUUCCGCCAGAUGUGCAGCACAAGCCAAAUGACUCACCCUCGGAGAAGGGAGCCCAUCGCUGA